AAAAAUCAUACGUACGAAAAAUGGAGACUUACGUUGAUGCGAGUGGUGUGGACACGGCAGGCCCAACAACAACGACGGAGACGGCCGCGAACGUGAGAACUAGCAAAAAGAAGUUGAACGUUAUGGUUGCGAUUGACGAAAGCAAGAACAGCUUUUAUGCGGUGGAAUGGGCUGUGCAACAUCUCAGAGAUGUUAUUAGCUCCGAACCGGAAACCGGUCAGGAAGGCGGUUUACUUACGUUGGUUCAUGUUCAUCCAACGUAUCUUCAAUACAUCUACCCUUCUGGUGGAACCGCAUCGGCGCUGUAUGCGACAGACUCAGUUCCUGAAUCAAUGAAGAAAGCACGCGAAGAGAGCACGACCAGAAUGUUCACACGGGCAUUGGAGAUUUGUCGUGGCAAAAUGGUGAAGACGGAAACGAUGAUAUUGGAAGGAGAUCCUAAGGAGAUGAUAUGCCAAGCGGUCGAGCAAACUCACGUGGAUCUUCUUGUUGUUGGUAGCCGUGGACUCGGCAUGAUCAAAAGGGCCUUUCUUGGGAGUGUCAGUGAUUACUGUGCCCAACAUGCCAAAUGUCCAAUUCUCAUCGUACGACCACCUAGAGAAACCUCAGCUACCGAGGACCACAAGAGCAAGUGAGAAAACCUGUGAUAACUACUUUUCUUUUUUUUGAAUGUGACACCUACUUUCUUUUCACUCCUCUUUUGUAUGAACAAAAAUAUAUA